UGUAGCCGUUAGCCCGGUGCUUGCUCCGAGGAGGCAUUUGAAUGGUCGAACGGCGGAAAACAGCGCAAGUGAGAUGCGAGUGAUAUAAACCUGAGGUCAGGCUACAAGUCGCAGGGGGGGACCAGAAGCCACACAGCGGCCGGCUUUGAAGAAAGGUGAGAGGCUGAGCGAGCGAGGGAGGAAGAGAGAGAAGGAGAGAGAGACAGAGAGAGAGGCGCCAUGGACCAUCAGAGACAGAGGACUCUCUCCACCUCAGGAGAGUCGCUGUACAUCGUGCUCGGAGUCGACAAGAACGCCACGACAGAAGACAUCAAGAAAUGCUACAGGAAGCUGGCGCUCAAGUUUCACCCGGACAAGAACCCGGACAACCCGGACGCGGCCGAGAAGUUCAAGGAGAUCAACAACGCCCACUCCAUCCUGUCGGACGCCACCAAGAAGAACAUCUACGACAAGUACGGCUCGCUGGGGCUGUACGUGGCCGAGCAGUUCGGCGAGGAGAACGUCAACACCUACUUCGUCCUGUCCAGCUGGUGGGCCAAGGCGCUGUUUGUCUUCUGCUGCCUGUCCACCGGCUGCUACUUCUGCUGCUGCCUGUGCUGCUGCUGCAACUGCUGCUGCGGGAAGUGUAAACCCCGGCCCCCCAUGGACCAGGAGCCCGAGUUCUACGUGUCCCCCGAGGACCUGGAGGCCCAGAUGGCCGCUGACGACAGAGAUGGUGGCGAUCCCAUCGUGAUGCAGCCGUCUUCAGCCACAGAAACCACUCAGCUCACCUCCGAUGCCCACCAAAGCUACAAGACCGACUCCUAUUAAACACACACACGCACGCACGCACACACACACACACACACGCACACACGCAGCUUUCCCCACAAUCACAGGAUUGAUGCAAAUGCUGCAGACACGUUGACUUGUUUAUUUUUUUUCUGUUCUUCUUUAUCCUACACACACACACACACACAUACACACACACACACACACACACACACACACACACACACACACACACACACACACACACACACACACACACACACACACACACAUCCAGUCUUCAUUGUUUCUGUUCCAGACUCUGAAGACGUGGCUGUUCGGUCCGUCACAGGCAGUUUGUGAUCUGAAUUCAGCCUGGACUCGAACCGGGGAUCGGGCAGAGCUCACCACUACACGUUCAGACAGCACCCACAGGUUUCAAUUCUAUAAAUGUUAAAGGAUUCCACCCGUAUCGCUCCUUCCUCUGCAUCUCCCGUUCACCCGUUCACUCACACGUCCACCGCGGCGCUCUGGAAGUAGGUCAGCGGUGACGGCGGUCUGUAGGUACAGCUGACAGGCGGCGCCGGGAGCGGGGUGGGGGUGUUUUAAUGCCCCUGAUACCCCCUGGGGGAGGAGGGGGGGUCUGAGGGCAGACUCCAACAGGUGCUGCCCUAAAGAGGGUCGAGACUCCGCCCUCCUCGCCGCAUUCACCAGCUCAGAGUCAGGCUGACCCUGACCCUGACCCUUACCCUGACCCUGGCCCUGACCCUGGCCCUGACCCUCCCCGGUCCUGCUGGCCCUCCACACUUCAGCCAGUUCAUCCAUCCAGACCUGGUUUGAUCCAGAAAACUAUCAGUUACUUUCAGUCUUAGUGGGGAAAUGUCUUCAUCACAUUCACUUCAUGACCGUGUCUUUAAUGAUCACUCUGUGCGUGUGCGCGUGUGUGUGCAUGUGUCUGUGUGUGUGUUGCAGAAUCCAGUGUUACUGUUCAGAAACACACUGUCACAGCAGCUCCCGGCCACACACACUCUGACCGAGCCUCCUUUGUAUCCGGUCUGAUUUUAGUUUUUUCUUUGUUUUGUGAGACGGUUUUAAAAGAAGAGAGAAGCUGUUCAUGUGGUGUGAAGUGUGUGUUUAGGUUUCACCGAGUCUCCUUUUUCCCGUUCUGUCUCUAGGUUGUGUUUUUCUUAUUUAUGUUGUGGAUGGAGGGAGGGUGUUUUUGUCCAGUCUUAUUUCCGAUUAGCCAGAAUCUCUUCCCGGCAGCCGGAGCUCUUCGGCUCGAACCGCCUCGGUUCCUCUAUCGCGCAGAAGAAAACAGGCGUCUCGUGGUUUGUUUGUGUCGCUAGUUUAACUUUUGUAAAAACAGAAAACAAAACUUAAAAAAAAAAAAAAUAAAAAAAAACGAAAAGGAUGCGUGCACUGAACCAAAGCGGCUCCUCUGUGGCGAAACACACUCAUGCAUGGAUACAUAUCAUGAGGAAGUGCAAUAAGAGCCUCUCAGUCUCUGCUUCUCUCCUGGACUUCCUGUUCGACUCCACCGGGUUUCAGGAGCCUGCAGGCUCAGAAAAACACCCCAGACCGAGAACCCGGCCCGACCGGCACGUCUGGAGCCGCCGCUCAUGUAAUACCUGCCGUGAAACAGGAGUGUGUGUGUCGGUACAGCGGAGGGCGUCGUCCUCAUUGAGUCAUGACCAGAUGGAUGAAGUGCCGAACACGAGGGAAUCGGAACUAGAAAAUCCAACUAAAACUGGAACAAAAACACAAACUGAAACCCAAAACAGUCAAAUUUAAAUAAAUCAUGGACAUUUGCCUGGUUCUCCGUCACGCUGUUGGUUCUGUUUGUGAAGGCAGCAGGUUUCAUGUUAUCGAUAUUGCAGGUAUUACAUCGCUGGCGGUGAACUCCAACCCAUUCUCUUUUACCUUCAAAUUGGUUUUUCUGUCUUUGGACUUCGAGUUCAGUUUGACUUUUCCACAGAUCUUUUCUGAGACCUGCACAAUUAACCAAAACUGUUUGGUCGGUGAAAUGUUGCACUGUCGAAUCCAGAAGGUACAGAGACGCGAAGGAGCCAAUGAAAUCCGAGGAGGAAGAAUAGAAGUGUUGAGAGAAAAGACUCAGGAUGGCAAGGGUAUGGAGAAAACCUCACACUUUUAACAGAGUCAUCGAAACGUCAGUGGACGUCCCUGAUACACCCAGUGUUUGGAAUGAAGACCAACACAUGCUAACAGCAUUAGCAAUCCUUGAAUUUUCUUCUCCUCCCUGUUUCUUUUCCUGAUUUGUUUCCCGGAUCGACCAAAUGUGAAGCAAGAAACCCACGAAGAGCCGAGACUCUUCAGUCCGAAUCACGAAGAACUGAUCUCAGUGUGAAUAUAGCGGCCAGAAGAUGAGAACACGGAAGCAUUAUUUUAUUUAUUUUAUUUUUCUUAUCUUUUUAAGAGCAGAUUAAGGCCUAGCCGUGCGUGGAGGCGAUGCGUAGCGUUUUAGACGAAGCCCAUGUGACCGAGCGCCGUACGUCCACAGGUAGAGAGUUUCCUGUCGUAGCGUGGACGGAGGAUGUGUGUGCGUCUGUCGGCCAGACGAAUAUCUGAUGUACUGUUGUAAAAUAAAUGUUUCUGAUGCUUCGGA